AUGGCUCCCUUCGACAUCUCAAACGUGCGGUCCGGCUUCCCAGCCCUGAAGCAGGAUCAAGUAUACUUUGACAAUGCGGGUGGAAGUCAAACUCUCGGCACGGUCGUUGACUCAAUAUACCACUAUUUGACAAACAACAAUGUCCAACUGGGCGCCACAUACCGGGUUGGCAAGCUGUCCACUCAGAAGUAUGCCGAAGGCUUUGCGGCUGCAGCCAAGUACGUGAACGCCAAGGAAGAUGAAAUUGUAUUCGGUUCCUCGACGACACAGCUCUUCCGCAAUCUCUCGUACGCCUUAAAGUUCAAGGAAGGAGAUGAGAUCGUUGUCUCGAGCAUAGAUCACGAGGCCAACAUUGCGCCAUGGGUCGACCUUGCGGCGCGGGAGAAGCUAACUCUCAAGUGGUGGACGCCCGCCAAGUCCACCAACCCCAAGUUGCUGGUGGACGAUCUCAAACCCUUGCUCUCGUCCCGGACCCGCCUCGUCACUUGCACUCACACCAGCAACAUCCUGGGCACCAUCACCAAUGUUAGGGCCAUCGCCGACGCCGUCCACGCGGCCGGUCCGGAGGCGCGGCUCUGCGUCGACGGGGUGGCGUACGCGCCGCACCGGGGGCUGGAUGUAGCCGCCCUGGGCGUCGACUUCUACUGCUUCUCCUGGUACAAGGUGUACGGGCCGCACGUGUCGAUGCUGUACGCCUCGCAGCACGCGCAGGACUCGUCGAUGCGCUCGCUGGGCCACUUCUUCAAGGCCGGCGCCACGCUCGAGGAAAAGAUCGGCCUCGCCGGCGGCAGCUACGAGCUGCUGCAGAGCAUCCCGGCCGUGCUGGACUACCUGGGCCCCGCGGCGGCGGCGGCCGAGACGUGGGACGGUGUCGUGGCGCACGAGCAGCGGCUGCAGGCGACGUUGCUGGACUUCCUGAUUGCGCGGCCGGACGUCACCAUCAUCGGGGAGCCGAGCGCGGACCCGGCGGUGCGGGUGCCGACGGUGAGCUUCCUCGUCAAGGGCUGGAGCUCGCAGGAGCUGGUCGAGGCCGUCGAGCGCGAGUCCAACUUUGCGUUCCGCUGGGGCGCCUUCUACUCAAACCGGCUGGUAUACGAGCUACUUGGCCUGGAGAGCGACGGCGUGGUCAGGAUCAGCAUGGUACAUUAUAACACCAUCGAUGAGGUCAAAGGGAUUAUCGCAGCUAUUGAGAAGGUAAUCUCCAGCAGGGGCUAG